AUGCUGAAUCCGGCGUUUGCUUACUCAAAUUUCGACAACUUCUCGAGCAUUGGGUAUGAUUCGCUCUCAUGUACUUUCUGUACUCAAAAGUGUGUCUUCUCAGAUGCAUUUGAUACUGAGAAACUUUUAGCUUCAAUGGAUAAGUUGAGGAAUGGGCAAGCAGUAGAUAUUCCAAACUACGACUUCAAGAGUUACAAAAACAAUGUCUUCCCGCCUAGAAGGGUUAACCUUUCAGAUGUGAUAAUUUUGGAAGGCAUUCUCAUUUUUCAUGAUCCCUGUGUUCGAGAGUUGAUGAAUAUGAAGAUAUUUGUCGAUACAGAUGCUGAUGUUCGUUUAGCAAGGAGGAUAAGGCGUGACACAGUAGAAAAAAACAGGGAUAUUGGUACAGUUCUUGAUCAGGUUAGCAACUAUUCAUGUAAUUUUUUUGUGAAGCCUGCAUUUGAUGACUUUAUUCUUCCUACAAAAAAAUAUGCUGACAUCAUUAUUCCUCGCGGAGGAGAUAAUCACGUGGCUAUUGAUUUGAUUGUACAACACAUCCGUACAAAGCUUGGCCAGCAUGACUUGUGUAAAAUAUAUCCUAAUUUAUACGUUAUACAUUCAACUUUUCAGAUACGGGGCAUGCAUACCCUCAUACGUGAUUCACAAACAACGAAGCAUGAUUUUGUAUUUUAUGCUGAUCGGUUGAUUCGUUUGGUCGUUGAGCAUGGUCUGGGACAUUUGCCAUUUACAGAAAAACAGGUGGUCAAUCCAACUGGUAAGCUGACAUCCGUGUAUACCGGUGUAGAUUUUUGUAAGAGAUUAUGUGGUGUGUCUAUAAUCAGGAGCAAUGAGAGUAUGGAGAAUGCUCUAAGAGCAUGUUGUAAGGAAAUCAAGAUUGGGAAAAUUCUAAUCCACAGAGAAGGAGACAAUGGCCAGCAGGUUUCGAUUCCCUCUAUGAUUGUCUUUCAUUUUUUAAUCAACGUAUUUCUAUGAUUCCAUUUUUUAAUCAACCUCUAUGAUAAACUAUUGGUGGUUACAAAUCGUUUUGGAGAUAAAAUAAUUAACUUUUGUCUACCCUUGAAGCCCAAUACCUUGAUC